ACCAUCUCCCACAUGUGAUGGCCACGCCCAGUUAUCAACUCCUCUCCUGACGUCUCGUCUCGUCUCGUCCCGCAUGGGAGCGCGCGGAGGCGGCGGGAGGAGGAGCUAGCGCGGCAGCAGCAUGGUUCAGCAGCUGAGCCGGCAGCACCGCGACCCCACUCUAUAGCCUGCCUGCCAGUGCCAGACAUGGCGGCCUCCGCCGUCGUCCUCCUCCUCCCCUUCCUCCCGGUCGUGGCGCAGUGCUGCCGCCGCUGCGGCACCGUCGCGCCGACGAGCACGAGCGGGCGAGCGCCGGCGCUCCGCACCUCCUCGCGCGGCCGCCUCGAGCCGUACGCGUGCUCUAUCCGCGGGCGACGACCGCGCCUCCCCGCGGCGAGAGCGGCGGCGUCGUCGGUGCCUCCCGAGCAGGCGCAGGCGGCGGUGGGGUGCCGCAAGGGCCUCGGCGACGCCAAGGCCGCGCUGCGCGCAGCUCUGGAAGGCGUCAACAGAGGCAUAUUCGGGAUGACGUCCGAGAAAAGAUCGGAGAUCCAUGCGCUGGUGGAGCUCCUCGAGGCCCGGAAUCCGACGCCGGAACCAACCGACAAGCUGCACGACAAGGUGGAUGGGUGCUGGAGGCUCAUCUAUAGCACGAUUUCGAUACUGGGGAAAAGGAGGACAAAGUUAGGACUGAGAGAUUUCAUCAGCUUGGGUGAUUUCUUCCAGAUGAUUGAUGUCAAAGAGGAAAAGGCGAUAAAUGUGAUAAAAUUCAGUGCAAGGGCGUUGAAGAUAUUAUCUGGCCAACUUACUAUUGAAGCUUCAUACAGGAUCACUAGUAAAUCAAGGGUUGAUAUCACUCUUGAGAGUUCGACCAUUACUCCUGAUCAGCUGAUGAAUAUCUUCCAGAAGAACUAUGAUACGCUCCUUGCUAUAUUCAACCCAGAAGGCUGGCUCGAGAUAACAUAUGUAGAUGAUUCUCUGCGGAUAGGAAGAGAUGACAAAGCAAACAUCUUUGUGCUGGAAAGGGCAGACCCCUCGGAAGUUUGACAGCAUUUGAAACAAAAUGCCUGCAUAUACUGGUAGUUUUCUGACGACGAGUACAUGGACAUUCCGGCAAAGAUACCUUGCACAUAUCCUUCCUGUAGCACACGGUGGUUUUUGAAAGCUCGGUGCGGAUCGUCUGCUCAACUUUUCGUUUGUUGUUAGAUUAUACUACUUCCAUUUUUUUUUGUACGGAGCAACAAGGCAUUUUCCCUUUCCGACAAAAUUGUGCAAGCUGGGAAGGCUCGUGAAAAAGUUCAGUUACAUAGAGAAUCGGUACAAUAAGAACUGGUGUACUUUGAAAUACACCAUUGUUCAAUUAUUCUUCCUUGUAACACAUAAUGGAAUGAUUGUACAGCUUGGCAACACACUUUAAAUAUUUUUUCUUUUAAUGAUCUCUGGUUGAUGCCUUGCAUCUUC